UCUCCAUAAAACCAUGCUGAAGAGUAUUAAUUGUACUGCUAUCCUCUAACAGGGUAUCAGUUGAAUUCUGUAUCAAGUUUUCCAUUAUUUUGCCCAGGACUGAAGCCAAGUUAACCAACUGGCCUACCUGGGUCAUUCUAAGUAGCACUCUCCCAGUCUUCUGGAAUUUCCCCGCUGUUCCAAAAUGGAUUAAAAAUUAACAGCAGCAGGUCCGAGAACUCCUCUGAGACCUUAGUGUCUCCCGUUGCCAGGCUGCCACGAAGGAGGCUGCAUGACCUAGUGGAUAGAACAAGGAAGUCCCAGCUCUGUCAUGGGGUGAGCUUGGGCAAGCCACUUUCCCUGUGCUGUGCCUCAGUUUCCCCAUCUGCAAAAGAGGGAUAACGACACUGGCCCUCCAAGCAAAGCGCUUUGCUGCUGAAAGGUGCCAGAGAAGAGCUGGGGAUUAGAAUUGAGGGAGGAUGUAGACAACUCUAAAUGACCCAGCGGCAAUGGCCAUGAUGAGCUGUUACCCCCAGUGGGGUGGAGGAAGCCAGGAAACUCCACCGAUGCCCCAUUUCCUCCCUCCACCCUCACCUCUGCCCCAGCUGCUGGGCUUGGAGGUAGCAGAAGGGCCAUGAUGGCUCCCUACACUGCAGCGAUCCUUAGAGCUGGGUACAGGGCCACUCCCCACCUGUGGGGGGCAAAGGAAAAGGUGGGAGCCCCAUUGCCUGGGCUGCUUGAAACCAGGCGGAGCAAAGCCCCGCCCCGGAGGACUAACCUGCCCUAGGCCCUGGCUAAGGAUAAGGCUGCUUAGUGCCCUGGGGAUCUAACAGUGAGAAGUGCUUUCUGAUUGCAGGCCCGGUAAGUAGCCAGUGACGACCCUCCGGGCCCGUCGUUCCUCACCAUGGCAGAGGACGUCCUCAGUACCACCCUGUCCGUGCCGGGAGUUGCCCUGCCUGUGCCAGGAGUUGCCCUGCCCAUUCCGAUCCCGUCCCUGACCUUGGAGCAGAAGGCAGCCUUUGUCUUCGUCUUCUUCCUCUUCAUCUUCCUGGGCCUUUUGAUUGUCCGCUGCUUCCGGAUCCUGCUGGACCCGUACCGGAGCACGUCCUCCUCCACCUGGACGGACUACAUGGAGAAAGACGCGUCCGAUUACCGCCUCCCCUGAGCAUGGGCCUGGGGCUGCAGGGGGCUCUUAGCAAGGGGAGAGGAGGGAUUCCCAUGACCCAGGCAGCCCGGCCUGCAGAGCUUGCCAGGACUCUCGCUUUCAAGGCAACAAGCUACCUGCAGAUAGGAACACACCCUGGUGGUGGUUGCCCUGAGGUCAGAGCAAGCCCUUAGGCAUGUGCCACUGGCUGGAAGGAUGCGACUGCAGGCACUGACCAGCGGCCCUCUGACUGCUCAUGCAACCGCCGGUCAAGUCCCACUAGGGAAAAAGGGGAGCUUUGUCCUUCGGUCAGGACAACAGAUGGUGCCUGAACUCUAGCCCUCGGCCGGGUUACACAGGGCACGAUGCUCUCCUCGGCUUCUCCUUCCCAUUGCCGGCUGUGAUGGCACUCGUUCUCGCAGCUCUGAGGUGGAGUGACAGACGCAGUCUGUACACCUGUAGCGUCUCGCUGGCCCAUGCAAGGUUAGGGAGGGACCUGAGAACAGCCAACACUCCCAGAUUUUAUCCCCUGAUAAAUGCAGAUGGGGGAGUUGGGCAGUUAGCAAGAAGUCACAGUCAUCCCACAAGGACAUGAGGAGUCAGCCGGUGGUGUUGAACCUAAUCCAAUUAAGUCACAUUCUAUCCUAGAACCUGUCUUUGUGCAAGAAUCACACGGAUGCAGAUGAUAAAAUGGGAUAGGAAUCAACCAGUCAAUCCAGACAGCGGUUUCCACAUUUGAUUACCCUGGUACCUACUGAGGUCAUCAAGGUCUAGAGAUCUAGGGACUUACAUCGCAUCAUGAGUCUCUGAGCAACUCUGAUAAUAGCUCCCUUCACUAAUGAGCAACACUCGUCUUCACACUGUAACUUGACGAUUAACUCCCAGGUGGUCCACCAAGUACUAUCAAAGGCAACAACUUUUGGAUGUAUGCUGCACAGACAGGAGCAGACGUGGCUUGGUUUUCCUCUUCCCAGCCACGUUUUUCACUCUUGGGUGGUCACCUUUGCUCUUCCGACUAUUCAGGGUGAAGUGUUGG